AGACGAUCGGAAUCCCUGCCAUGCUCGUUGACGGGCCCGGGGAACAUGAUGCCAGCAGCCCUUCAGGACAAGCAGUCGAUGAAAACGGCCAUCCUCACCUCAAUGCUAGCGUACUGGGCGACGAGAGUACACCACGCUCUGAUUGUUCCAAAACCGCCAUCGAUUGUGGUCACGAUUCACAACACGAUGUUACCCUCUCGGUGGUGGCCUUCGACAGACCCACCACCAACGAAGGAAUAUCUAUACGAGGUACAGGUAUGAUCACGACGCACCCUUGUAGCGCUUUCGACGGUCGAGGAACCCAGUCUCUAUUGCAGGACUUGCAAAUGCAAGAGGUUGCCGCAAACGGUGAUGGCUACGAAUCGCAUUCGCCGGCAUGUGUCAGUCAACCUGUUACUCCAUCGCACGCAACUCUCACUGAGUCGACGCCAGAAUCGAAUCCAGCAACAAGGUUGCUACUACCCUCGAUUAUGACCUCGCUGGCGAACUAUCCAUCGAGCAGGUCAACCUGUGGCGACAGAGCGAAGCGGUCACAUGAUUGCAUAGAGCCCAGCGAGGGCGCGGAUGAAGAGUCAACGACGAAGAGACAGAAACUGGGCUCAAGCAUUAAGCCUGAGCCUGUUGAGGCUAUUAGUGCAGACGAGGUGAUGAAUGCAGAAUCUAGUGCCUCCGAUGUAUUGGAGCCGGAUGCGACCGAGGUGCUGGCCCAUAGGGACGCAACAAAAUCCUACGAUGACGCCACAACUUUUGGUGCACAAGAUGAGGCUGGGAUCGAGGUCAAGGUCGAGGCCGAGGUUGACGUUGAAACUGACGGUGCAGUGCCAUCGACUCGGCUCAAUAACGAAUCUGUGGAAGCUGAAUCAGAGCCAUGUGCCGACAACAUCGCCAUUCUCAACACGGUCAUGCCGGCGAAAGAGGCCUUGCAUGCUAUCGUUCAAGAGACGGCUCAAACCUUCGACAGGAGGAGGUCAGAGGACUACCAGCCACGUCUGAGUCUUCAAGUGCUACCAAAACAGUUCUGUGGACCGUAUGUGCAGACCACUGAUGUGGAGAUGCAAGAGCGUAUCACUACUGCAUCAUUGUCACUGACUCCUUCGUCUUCAAUUUCACCGCCGAACUUAACUCCUGAGCCUUGCGUACCUAGGUUAAUGUUUGAGCCUCUGAAGCCGCCGACAACCUCGCAUCAACGGGCCAGGGUCGAAGCUGUUGAUUUCAAGAUCAAUGAAGACGAGAUGGAUGUGUCGGAGUCAGAUGAGCCCAGUGAUGCUGAUGAUGAUCAGCUCAGCAUCUUGUCUCAAGCCGUGAAGGAGUCGAGCGACCGAGUCAACUUGCAAGCCAAAGGCGCACCUGCAUCAGGAGACUCUAUGCUGGCCAUUAAAGAAUCCACUCCAGCGCUCGAAGCCCAAGCUGUUAAAGCUACAGAGUCUCGCCCCAACUCUUGUACUCCUUGUACCAAUCGGAGUCAGACGCGGCUCUUUUCAUAUUUGCUAUCGGACGAAUUCGAGGCCACUCUUCCACUCUUGCCAAAGCCUAUCGCUAGCUCGACAAACCGUCUUCUUUGCAACGCUCCAUUAGCAAUCACAGAUUCAACAGCCAAAUCGACAGAGAGCCCGAUCAGCCCUCGUCCUGCAAGCACUGAGACGCUGUCCAGUCUCAGGCACAGACUCGAGCUUCCAUACGGUAAACGAAAUACGCGUUCAGAGACCAGGACUUCGGAGCGUGCUGCCGUAUCCUCGAUGUUUAGAGAGGAUGAGCUCGACUCGGUGCCUGCACCCGUGGUCAAGGAGGAGACACCCACAGCUGCUCCAGGAAAGGACGUCACGCCCAGCGCACCGUCGAAGAAAAGGAAGAAUGUGCCUGCAGACAAAUUGAAGGGAAGACAGACCAGAGGUGCAACUACGAAGAGAGACGCUACGCCUAAACCCAAGACUCCCGCGACCAGACCCAAACUGACUCCAAAGCCCAGGGUUGGGCCCGAAGACUCACCAAACAGUGCUUCAAAGACCAUCACCAAGACCACGAAAAGGAUCGCGCCCAAGACGAAGACUCCAACAAGACCCCAAGUUUCGCCCAUCACUCCCAAGGUACCAGAGAAGAGGAAGACGCGCCGCUCGUCUGCACUUGAAGAAGAGAUAAGGAAGGCGAGCGAGAAAGAGGAGAAUAUUGCGAAGAGAACGAGGAGUAAGGAUGGAGAGUAGGACGGCGGUAUUGGCUGGAAGAGAGGAGCGUAAAGAAGCCUGGAGCAGGAUAGGUUGGGUAAUGAGUUGAAUACAAUGGAUGGAGCACACAGGCGGACGGACUGGCAAACGAGGCAUUGGAGGAGUCUUGGAACCUUUGUAUAUACCCGCACUCACACCGGCGCACAGGAUUGAAUACGGAU